AUGGAUAUUACAGAGGAUGAGCAACACAAAGAGGGAAAAGAAAAAAAUCAACAACAGUAUGACAAUAAUGGCCAGCAAUCAAAUGUGAAAGAAAAAGAAGAGGACCAGAAACAACAAAACAUGGAACAGCCACAGCCAGAAGAUCAAGAAAGAGAAUAUUUAGGUGAAGAUGAACUUAGUAAUAUGUUGAGUGUUAAUUACACUGAUCCAGCAUUAUGGGGAAGAUUAAGCGAAGAUAAAAUUAUAGAUAUAAUGAAGAACAUAUCUAACGUAGAGGUAGAUAUUCAAGAAUUAGACUUUUCUGCAUCUAAAGUGGUCUACAAAUCACAGAGCAAAUAUGCUACAAAAAUGAUAUUUUAUAGACGUUUACAAAACGGAAAACAACAAAAAAGAAACUGGCUUUUAUACUCAAAUACUUCAGGAAAAGUAUAUUGCAUCCCUUGCAAACUGUUUGGUAGUGCCAAUAAUCCAUUUAGUGCAG